AUGCAGCGUACGUCCAGACUGGCUGCCGGCUCGAUACAGAGACUCGGACAGGUCCAGAGACACUUCAGCACAUCCAGCGCCCUCAGACGAGAGAUCCAGGAUGCAUAUAUCCUCGGUGCCGCCAGAACACCAACUGCUAAGUUCAAUGGCUCCUUCACCACCGUCCCGGCGACCAAGCUCGGCGCGGAGGCCAUAAAGGCCGCCGUCAACAAGUCCAAGGUCCCCGUCGAGAAGAUCACCGAUGUCUACAUGGGCAACGUCCUCCAAGGCUCCGUCGGCCAGGCUCCCGCGAGACAGGCCUCCAUCUUCGCCGGACUGCCCAACACCGUCGAGGCCGUCACCAUCAACAAGGUGUGCGCCUCGGGCAUGAAGGCUGUCGUGAUAGCCGCGCAGAACAUCCAGCUUGGCCUCGCGGAGGCCCAGGUCGCCGGAGGGAUGGAGAACAUGUCCCGCGUCCCUUACUACCUUCCCCGCGCAAGCCAGCAGGCCCCCUUCGGCGACACCAAGCUCGAGGACGGCCUGAUCAAGGACGGUCUCUGGGACGUCUACAACCAGUUCCACAUGGGCGUCUGCGCCGAGAACACGGCCAAGAAGCACAGCAUCACCAGGGAAGAGCAGGAUGCGUACGCCAUCCAGUCCUACGAGCGUGCCCAGGCCGCGUGGAAGGAGAACAAGUUCGACGACGAGAUCACUCCCGUUACCGUCAAGUCGAGAAAGGGCGAGGUCGUCGUCUCCCGGGACGAGGGAUUCGAGGAUCUACGCGCAGACAAGAUCCGAAACCUGAAGCCUGCCUUUGUCCGCGACGGAACGGGAACCAUCACCGCCGGAAACGCCUCCACGUUCAACGACGGCGCAUCCGCCCUCGUCAUCACGAACGAAGCCCUUGCCCGUGAGUACGGCCCUGGAAACCGGGUCCUGGCCCGCAUCGUCUCGCACGCCGACGCCGCCAUCGACCCCGUCGACUUCCCCGUCGCCCCGGCAAAGGCAGUGCCCAUCGCCCUCGAGCGAGCCGGGCUCACCAAGGACCAGAUCUCCGUCUGGGAGUUUAACGAGGCCUUUGCCGCCGUCAUCAAGGCCAACGAGAAGCUCCUCGGCCUUGAGAACGCCUGCGUCAACCCGCUGGGAGGCGCCAUCUCCCUCGGUCACGCCCUUGGAAGCUCCGGCUCCCGCAUCAUCACCACCCUCCUCCACCAGCUCAAGCCCGGCCAGUACGGUCUGGCAGCCAUCUGCAACGGAGGCGGUGCCGCCACGGCUAUUGUAGUCCAGAGGCUCGAGAAGGUCGAGUAG